AUGCCGUGUACGAGCAAGCUAUGCGAAGAAGAACAAAGUAAGGAAGAAGAACAAAGUAAGGAAGAAGAACAAAGUAAGGAAGAAGAACAAAGUAAGGAAGAAGAACAAAGUAAGGAAGAAGAACAAAGUAAGGAAGAAGAACAAAGUAAGGAAGAAGAACAAAGUAAGGAAGAAGAACAAAGUAAGGAAGAAGAACAAAGUAAGGAAGAAGAACAAAGUAAGGAAGAAGAACAAAGUAAGGAAGAAGAACAAAGUAAGGAAGAAGAACAAAGUAAGGAAGAAGAACAAAGUAAGGAAGAAGAACAAAGUAAGGAAGAAGAACAAAGUAAGGAAGAAGAACAAAGUAAGGAAGAAGAACAAAGUAAGGAAGAAGAACAAAGUAAGGAAGAAGAACAAAGUAAGGAAGAAGAACAAAGUAAGGAAGAAGAACAAAGUAAGGAAGAAGAACAAAGUAAGGAAGAAGAACAAAGUAAGGAAGAAGAACAAAGUAAGGAAGAAGAACAAAGUAAGGAAGAAGAACAAAGUAAGGAAGAAGAACAAAGUAAGGAAGAAGAACAAAGUAAGGAAGAAGAACAAAGUAAGGAAGAAGAACAAAGUAAGGAAGAAGAACAAAGUAAGGAAGAAGAACAAAGUAAGGAAGAAGAACAAAGUAAGGAAGAAGAACAAAGUAAGGAAGAAGAACAAAGUAAGGAAGAAGAACAAAGUAAGGAAGAAGAACAAAGUAAGGAAGAAGAACAAAGUAAGGAAGAAGAACAAAGUAAGGAAGAAGAACAAAGUAAGGAAGAAGAACAAAGUAAGGAAGAAGAACAAAGUAAGGAAGAAGAACAAAGUAAGGAAGAAGAACAAAGUAAGGAAGAAGAACAAAGUAAGGAAGAAGAACAAAGUAAGGAAGAAGAACAAAGUAAGGAAGAAGAACAAAGUAAGGAAGAAGAACAAAGUAAGGAAGAAGAACAAAGUAAGGAAGAAGAACAAAGUAAGGAAGAAGAACAAAGUAAGGAAGAAGAACAAAGUAAGGAAGAAGCCAAAGGAAGGAAGAAGCCAAAGUAUCUACCAGGACAAGAACAUAUUUUUGCUUUCUGUGUACCUGGCACUGACCAGCCAUAUGCUACAUAA